AGUAACUAUACACAGUAUUUACACUGUCGACUUUUUCCCUUUUCCCGCGCUUUAAAACGCCCCCACUUUUUCCUGACCUCCUCCAUCUCCUCCGCCCUCCCCAAAAUCCUAUAGUCAAAGUUUACGCCUCUGCUUUCCGCACUAAAUCCCUGCCCUUUCAGACACCUUUUAUUCCCCUCAUCCCCACAAAUCAAACCCAAAGUUUUAUGCCUCCAACCAGCAAUUUGAACUCUCCUUGCUCACCGGUCCUCUGAUUUUCCACCAUUUGCAGAUGGACAUCGCCAUGAGACCAAAACAGAGCAGAUUAUCCAGAACUUUCAGCAAGGUCAUCAACCUCCGCACCGCCACGAGCAGAAUCGCUUCCAGCAAUGGCAUUUGCCUCCUUGCGUUGAACGGAAAGUUCAAGGACAAUCUCGACCGGCGGAAGGAUGACAAGAAGGAAGAAGAGUUCAGAGUCAGGAAUAGAGCGGUUAUGGAAGCGCUUCUGGCCAAGCUCUUCGCCGGAAUCACUUCCAUAAAAGCAGCUUACGCGGAGCUCCAAAUGGCGCAGGAUCCGUACAACAACGAAGCGAUUCAGACGGCCGACCAGUCCGUGGUGAACGAGCUGAAAUCGAUAUCGGAGUUGAAACGCAGCUUUUUGAAAAAGGAGCUCGAUCUCUCGCCGCAGGUCACUCUGAUGCUCGCGGAGAUUCAGGAGCAGCAGGCGAUGAUGAAAACGUACGAGAUUACAAUCAAGAAACUGGAGUCCGAAUCCGAAAAGAAGGAUUCCGACAUUUCGUCCCUCCAGAAAAAGCUUCAAGAUUUGGUCUUGUCCAACAAGUGCUCGGAGAAAAGGCUAAACGACAGCGGCUCUUCGUCUCUCUCCAUUUUCGACAACAUUCGGCAUUCGGAGCUGAAUCCGACGCAUUUCGUUCAAUUCCAGCAGCAGGCUUUGAAAUCCAUCAAAAGCUUUGUGAGAUUGAUGAUCCGGGAAAUGGAAUCCGCCAACUGGGAUCUCUCCAUAGCGGUCGGAUUCAUUGAACCCGGUUCUGUUUUCGAAAAACAAAGCCAUCGAUGCUUCGCAUUCGAAUCCUUCGUUUCCAAAACAUUGCUCGAAGGAUUCAACAAUCCAAACUUCGGCCUACCCAGUGAUUCUUUAUCCCCAAGCAACAAAACCCACCUUCUGUUUUUCCAGAAAUUCAAGAAACUCGUAUCCGAAAACCCAAAAAAUUUCCUCACCCAGAACCCGAGUUCUUCGUUUUGCAAGUUCACCAAGGCAAAGUACCUCCAGCUCGUUCAUGCGAAGAUGGAGUGCUCGCUUUUUGGAAAUUUGAACAUGAGGAAGGUCGUGAGCUCCGGCGGAGUUCCGGACUCUGCUUUUUUCGCGGCGUUUGCAGAUGCUGCUAUGCGGGUUUGGCUUCUGCAUUGCUUGGCGUUCUCGUUUGAGCAGCAAGUUUCGAUUUUUCAGGUGAAGAAAGGGUCGAGAUUUUCGGAGGUGUUCAUGGAGUCAGUGACUGCGGACGACGUCGACAUGGAGCCGUUGGUGAGUUUCACGGUUGUUCCCGGGUUUAAGAUUGGGAAGACGGUGGUGCAGAGCCUGGUUUACUUGUCUCCGGUCCCUUCUCCGGCGGGAACUUAAGAUCGGAUGGUGAUAGGAAAUGUAAAUAAUGCAUCAGAGCCGUUGGUUGUGGUGUGGGGCCAAAGUGGUAGGUGUAGUGUAGGUGGUAGUAUAAAGGUGUAUACUAUGAAUACAAUUGUGUUCCUUGCUGUAUAACAUGGACUCAAUUUUCACUUAGAAAUGUGCAGAAUGAAUAAUUUACUUUUAGUAUCUUAAUCAAUUACGUAUUGUUAUA